GCAGACAGCGUGACUCAAUAGAAUAGCGUUUCAGUUCAGACCGACACCAACCGGAGUCAUCUUUCUGUCAAGUAACAUAUCCUAAACAGAAUCCGGAGAGCUAUAAUUAAUUGUUGCAAAGCAAAGGAGACAGAAUAACGAAGGAGCUCCCAGUCUGUUACGUCAGAGAUUAGGCCAGUGUUAUAACCUGUAGGUAGGCUGCUACGUGUAACUGGUGGUAGGGCUGUAGCCAACUGUAGAGUAGGACACCUUUGCCUUCGCAGCGCAGCGGUUGAAUGGAUGGGCUGAGCAACGCAAGGUAGAACUAACUGGGCGACAAUCAGGAAGAAACUCUUAUUCAGUCCUACUUUUGUCGGCACGAGACGGGGGACCAUCCCCACACUGAGUCAGCACGAGAAGGUGACCUGCUUUGUAAAAGCGGUACUUCUAAUCUUCUCACGUCUGUUCACCGUGACGACAUGGCGAGUGACAACGGAGAGUCUGUGGGGGGGGGAUCUUGGAAAAAGAAUGUCGAUGAUAUCAAGAAGGUGUUCGAGUUCAAAGAAGUCCUUGGAACUGGUGCAUUCUCGGAGGUGGUCAUGGCCAGGGAGAAGGUCACAGGGAAGAUGGUUGCAGUGAAGUGUAUCCCUAAGAAAGCACUGAAGGGGAAGGAGACCAGCAUCGAGAACGAAAUUGCCGUGCUAAGGAAGAUAAAACAUGAGAACAUUGUGGCUUUGGAGGACAUCUAUGAGAGCCCCAACCACCUAUACCUCAUCAUGCAGUUGGUGUCUGGUGGUGAGUUGUUUGACCGCAUCGUAGAGAAGGGCUUCUACACAGAGAUGGACGCCAGCAGACUCAUUAAACAGGUGCUGGAUGCUGUCAACUACCUCCACGCCAUGGGCAUUGUACACAGAGACCUCAAGCCAGAGAACCUUCUCUACUACAACCCCCAUGAUGAGGCUAAGAUCAUGAUCAGUGACUUUGGUCUGUCUAAGAUGGAGGGGACAGGAGACGUGAUGGCUACAGCCUGUGGGACACCAGGAUAUGUGGCCCCAGAGGUUCUGGCUCAGAAGCCCUACAGCAAAGCAGUGGACUGCUGGUCUAUCGGAGUCAUCGCUUACAUUCUGUUGUGUGGAUACCCUCCGUUCUAUGAUGAAAAUGACUCCAAGCUCUUUGAGCAGAUACUCAAGGCCGACUAUGAGUUUGAUGCACCGUAUUGGGAUGAUAUAUCUGAUUCAGCCAAAGAGUUCAUCAGUUCUCUGAUGGAGAAGGAUCCAGAGAAGAGAUUCAGCUGUGACCAGGCUCUAGCCCACCCCUGGAUUGCUGGGGACACGGCUCUCUGCAAGAACAUCCAUGAAUCAGUCAGUCGGCAGAUGAGGAAAAACUUUGCCAAAAGCAAAUGGAGGCAAGCGUUUAACGCCACAGCAGUGAUCCGUCAUAUGAGGCGUCUCCAGUUGGGCAGUAGUCUGGGAAGCAGUAUGAGUAUGGAUCAACCGGGACAUAAGUCUAUGCCAGCCAAGAGCAUGUCUGUAGACUGUGCCCCCCUCUCACACAAAGACGGUCGUCCACAACCUCUGUCCACUCUGCCUCCUCUGCCCCCCUCCCCUGCAGCCUGCAGCGCCCCCAUUAGCAUCGGAGUGGAACCACAAGUAGAACCACAGGUGGUGGCCCCAGCGGCAGCGGUGGAGACGCCCCGGCCACGCCCCUCCACAGUCACCACCAUCCACACGGGGACUAAAUGACAUCAGGUUCCACGGGAGGUCAGCUGGGAGACCACAGAGCUUUGAGUCGGGAUUCCAUGAUUCCAAUUCCGCCCCUCAGAAUUCCACAAUUCGUCUCUCCUAGUCUGCCCGUCCCGACCAUUCCCAGCUGCUGGGAUUGAGAACUUGAGGAGCUCUUCAAGGCUCCAUUUACCAUGGAUCAGCACUGACUGCAGUCUCAGUGCAGCACUCUGAUGUCCGUUCCCACCACAGGAGGUGUAUUCAGUGAUGUGAAGUAGAAUGACGAGAGCUGACAGGAUUUCCUAUUCUAUCUAACAUAUCUGUUCUACAUCAUACAUUCCUAUCUGAACAUUCUGCCUGCUAACGGGCGCAUUUGUUAUUGUUUUUGUUUUGAGGAAAUGAGCAUCCGGCAUCGUAGUAAAGAAAAAAUCGUAGUACAUACUCUGCUGUUCUAUUGCACGCGCAAUGAUGUCAGAGGGCGAAAAAAAACUGUGUUGGUUGUUUGAAGUAACGUCUUUGUUGUUGUAAUAUCGCAGUUUCACAGCUAUGGAUUGCAGCUUUAAGAUCCUAUUCAAUCUCUUUAAAAUAUGGUACUGUAAAAUUAAAAUGAACACUGGCACCUGAAAUCUUUGUCAUAGCACUUCAAGCACUGCCAUGUUGUAAGACUGUCCACCGGAUGACAAGAAGAAGACGUGUUUGUAUGGUGGUGUUAUGAUGCCACACUAUGGGAACUCACAAUGUGUUUUAUUAUUAUUCUCAGUGAUUGAGACUGCUGUAACUCUGUGAGACUGUGAGUGUCGGGCACAGAACCCCCUUUAUGCCUUGUGUUUAACAUCGCAUAUGGAAACCGUUGAGUGGAGUUAGCAUUUCAUGCAACUGAAACAGAGCAUUCAAGGCUAAAAUAGUAAUUCCAUAUUAUUCUCAAUCAUAUUUCUAAUUGUUUUAACAGCUUAACUUUUUUUUGCUGCAGUUGUUGUUGAGACAACUGACUAAAUCAGUUUUGAUAUACUGUUGUGACAGUUAUGACUUGAUUGUACACUUUUCCUAAUGGAAAGGUAUGAAUUAUUUAUUUUCUUAUAUUUAAUGACAUCUGUAAGAACAUUACUUACAAAUACGUGUGCUUGUGUUUCUAGACUUUUAUGUUGAAAUGGAAACAGAUGUUAUGUUGAUAGAUAAAGGUAUAGUUAUUACUUUGUCGUUAGUCUUUUAUUUUGACGGAUGUUUAGGAAUUAACUGCGAUGUAACUGCGGAGCCAUCCUUAGCAUAAGGAUACAGUGUAUGAACACAACUUUGUGACCAGUUCUCAGGGAAAUUCUUAGAGGAAAAUUUGAGGAAAAUGAAACCCCAGUUAUGGUGAUGAUGCUAAUGUAGAAGUUUGAUGAUGAUGAAGAUGUUGAUGAUGAUACAUGUAUUGACUAAAGCACAUGUUCCGUGUUCGUACGUUGCCAUCAGGACAGUUCGGCUCAUAGCCUUGUGAGGACAGUUUGCUAGAUCCCAUAGUUGGGGGUUUGUUUUAGAUUUGUAUAAUACAAGGCUAAAAAUGAAAGAAGGCAUAUGAUAACAAUUACCACUGUACUAUAGUUUCAUUUAAACACUGAAAAUGGCAAACUAAGAAAUAAAGAUUGAAGUAAUUUGAUGA